AUGAAAAAAGAUAAUUACAAAAAUGUAAAUGCUACUGAUCGAUGUCUUGCCGCAUGUGUUUGUCAAAAAUUACCUAAUGGUGAAAUACUUCGGCUUGGUCGUGAUAUAUUAGAGCGUCUUAUUGAACUUCAAUCAUAUGAAAAUCAGUUUUUAUUAAAUACUUUACGUCAAUAUUUUGAUAAACUUGAUGCACCAGAAGAUCGUAAUAAAUAUUUAUCAAUUUUAAUUGAAAAAUUCUCCAAACGUUUUCAAGAAUGUAAUAAAGAUCUUGGUUUAUCAUCUGGUUCGUUAGAAUUUUACUUUUUCAUUUUUAGAAACUAA